GUCACCAAGCUCAAGGAGGAGCGUAUCUCCGAGGAGGACACGCUGAAGGCGGCAGAGGUCCAGCGAGGGAAGGAGCACGAGCACUACGUGGAGGAGCACACCGAGGACACCCAGGUGGUCGAACAGAUCUCCCAGGCCCAGCAGGCCCUGAAGACGGGAUCUUCUGCGGCCCUGCUGCAGAAGGCCCCGAUGCUCCGUGCUGCGGAGCGACGCCUGGCAGCCUCGGAGAAGCAGCGCCUCGUAUCCUUCUUGUCGGGGGAGAGGAUGGACCCGAGCUAUGUGCUGGGCAUCUUGAGUGGCAUGGCCGACGACACCAAGGAAGAGAUCGCAACUGAUGACAAGAACGAGGACACCGCCAUCCACACCUACGACGAGCUCGAGGACUCCAAGAAGGUGGAGAUCUCCACGCUGCUGGAGCAGUUCGAGCGGAAGAUGAAGCGCAUUGGCGAGCUGAAGGUGGAGGUGGUGAACAUGAAGAAGUCCAUGGAGGGUGCGGGCCAGUCCCUGGCAGACGACAAGAAGAUGCUCAAAGAGCUUCAGAGCGCUUGCGAGGCCAAGGCAGCUGCCUGGGAGGAGCGUCAAGCAACUCGUCAGAAGGAGCUCUCGGCUCUGCAAGAGACCGUGAAGAUCCUGGACUCCGACGAGUCCUUGGACCUCUUCCGCGGCAAGGCCUCGAGCCUCCUUCAGCUCUCAAAGGGUGAUCAAGACAAGAAGGACAAGGCGCUGGAGCUGGUGCUCAAGGCACGCAGCGAGGCCCAUCCGGAGCUGAACUUUUUGGCUUUGGCACUCUCCGGCCGCAAGAUCGACUUCAGCAAGAUCGUGAAGAAGAUCGAUGGGAUGGUCGAGCUCUUAAAGACCGAGGGCAAGGACGACGCGAGCAAAAAGGACUACUGCGGCAAGGAGUUCCACGAGGCCGAGCUGAAGACCAAGUCCGUGGCCUCGACCAUCACAUCUCUGAAGGCGACCGUGGAGCAGUCCAAGGGCGCCAUCGCGCAGCUUGCCACGGAGAUCAAGGGCCUCCAGGCGGGCCUGGUGGAGUUGGACAAGACCGUGGCGGAGGCCGGGGAGAACCGCAAGGCCGAGCACGAGGACUUCCAGGAGCUCCUGGCUUCCAAUGGUCAGGCGGUGCAGCUCCUGGACCUGGCCAAGAACAAGCUGAAUCAGUUCUACAGCCCAAGCCAGUUCGUGGACACCACCACAAAGAACCCCUUCGAUCCCUAUGCCUUCCUGCAGUCCUCCAGCCGGAAGGUGGAGGCUCCACCGGCGACCUUCGAGGGCGGCUACCAGGCCAAGAUGUCCGAGAGCCAUGGCAUCUUCUCCCUGAUUGCACAGCUGAAGGCGGACAUCGAGCAGGAAAUGGCCUUGGCCAAGUCCGAUGAGGCCAACUCUCAGAAGGACUACGAGAAGACCUUGGCCGAUGCAGCAGAAAAGCGUGACGCAGAUGUGACGUUGACGCAGGAGAAGGCGAAGACCAAGGCAGACCUUGAGACCGAUCUUAGCGACGACAAAAGCGAGCUCUCCAACAAGAAGAAGGAGGCCACUGUCGUGGAGGAGGUCGUGAGCAACUUGCACAAGGAGUGCGACUGGCUCCUUGAGCACUUCGAUCUGCGCGCCCAAGCUCGUGCCGAGGAGAAGGAGAACCUGGUGCAAGCCAAGACUGUACUGUCCAGCAUGUGA